UCUCCCUUUUGACCUUAGUGUUAAAUGGUUUUCUUUUCUUUUCCACUGUAACUUGCUUUCCUUUAAGAAAGAUUCUUGCUUUUUGUGAAGAGAAUUUUUUGAUGAAUUUUGUAUAUGUUCAUGGUUUGACAUCAAUCCUAGGGAAUCCAAUGGUGAUAGCUAAUUUAAGUUUAAUACAACCACUCGGACUAAUUAGCCUUUUAAUGAACUUUUGCUAGCUUGCUAUUAACCCUCGUAGUCAAUUUCAUAGUUGAUCAGCUCAUUUUUUGUUUUAUAAUAUAUUAUUAUUUUUAGUUUCUUUUUUAUUUUUUGUUGAAGAGUUGUAUCUUUAUAUGAACUUCCCUUUUGGAAUUCAGGGGUGCCUUGAAGUGUGGUUUGAUUUCUUAGUUUUAUAGAGUAAAAGAGCAUAAACAUUUCUCAGAAGUUUUUAGUUUCAUAUAAGUUAGAGAACCAUGGAUUUAUUGAAUGUUUCCAGAUUUCUAUCAAUGCUUUAAAUCUGCUUUUUGUUGUCUGCCAUGAUCUGAUGCAAAUUGGUGUAAUAUAAGUUUGCGUUUGUGAGAAAGAAAUUGACUGUAACUUAUCAUAUUUCACUUCAUUAUCCGAAAUCACCUUGCGGAAGAGGCUUUUGCAAUGACUUGCUUGUGCUUUGUUAUUCUCUUCUGUCUGUGAUGCUCAUCCUCUCACACACGAAGUACCUAUCGUCCUUCUCUGUGGGUUAAUGUCCUUAGAGAUUUUGAAUUUGUGCCUACUUUAAAUUAAAAUCAAGGUUCUGUAGUUUGUGUUUUAAAGUUCGAAUUUAAAUAAUUACCAUGGACUAUAUAGUAUUGGGUGCGUGUUUCAAAUUUAUAUGAGUGACUUGGUAUGUUCAUUUUCAGUUUGAAAUAGCAGCAGGUCUAUGUGUUAACUGUGUAAGAUUAACCGUUUUUCAUGCCUUGUUGCUCACUCUAAUCUGUGUGGCUAGAAAUAAUCUGAUUGAAAUUUAAGUUGAUAUGACGAUGCUUUGGAAAUCUCAAUUGUAUGAGUCUCAUUUUGAAUCAUUUCAGAGUGUCUACAUGCUGUAUUUUCUUUUUGAAAGGAGAGCUGCUGAUAAAUGAAGCCUUCCAUAUGUGGUUAUUGGGCAAAGUAGCAUUGGUAACAGGUGGAGCUACCGGUAUUGGGGAGAGCAUUGCCCGGCUAUUUUGCAGACAUGGUGCAAAAGUUUGCAUAGCUGAUUUGCAAGACAACCUUGGACAAAAUGUUUGCGAGUCGCUUGGUGGUGAGCCAAAAACUUGUUAUAUCCAUUGUGAUGUCACAAUAGAGGAUGAUGUUCGCCAAGCUGUUGACUUUACUGUUGAUAAAUUUGGAACAUUGGAUAUUAUGGUUAACAAUGCUGGGCUGGGAGGUCCCCCCUGUCCAGAUAUCCGUAAGGUGGCCUUAUCAGACUUUGAAAAGGUGUUUGAUGUAAAUGUGAAGGGUGUUUUUCUUGGAAUGAAGCAUGCAGCACGGAUUAUGAUCCCCCUAAAUAAGGGUUCAAUUGUUUCUCUCUGUAGUGUUGCCAGUGCCAUAGGGGGUAUAGGCCCACAUGCUUACACAGGGUCAAAGCAUGCUGUAUUGGGUCUGACCAGAAGUGUUGCAGCUGAACUAGGAAAACAUGGGAUACGCGUAAACUGUGUCUCUCCUUAUGGAGUUGCGACAAGCUUGGCUGUGGCUCAUUUGCCCGAGGAUGAGAGGACUGAGGAUGCCUUAAUAGGUUUCCGCUCUUUUAUUGGGAGGAAUGCUAACUUGCAAGGUGUGGAAUUGACAGUUGAUGAUGUGGCCAAUGCCGUGCUCUUCCUAGCAAGUGAUGAAGCAAGGUACAUAAGUGGGGAUAAUCUAAUGCUUGAUGGGGGCUUCACGUGCACAAACCACUCACUCCGUGUCUUCAGAUGACGAGUGAUUUUCUUGAGGCAUACUGCAAUGUCUUAGGUGGUUUUGAGAUUGACAACUCAGUCUUUUGGUGUCACAGCUUCUAGUAGGUUUGGACAGCAGCUGAUACAAAGAAGAAACAAAUGUUGUCAGUUGUAGAUUGCACCUUGAUUUCUGUAUCAUUCGGUAUGAUUCAAGACUAAUCCUCCAUGUUUUGAUCAUCGUGAAUUCUAAUUGGACUUGUUGCUCAAUUCCUUGCAUGAACCAUAUUUGUUUCACUUCACCAUUUUGGAAGUAGUGAAUUUGAAUUCAAGUGCAA